AUGCGUGCAGAACGUUUAAAAGAAAAACAAGAAAAUGAAAUAAUUCCUGAUAAAAAUAAUAAUUUAAUUGAAAAUGAAACAAAUAUUGUUCAUAUGUGUGCUGCUUUUUUUCCUUUCAAUGAACAAAUACUAAAAAUUCAUAUAACAAAUGAAAAAUGGCUUUAUGAUACACCCGGAGUUAUUUUAUCUGAACAAAUGAUUAAUAAAUGUAGUAAUCGAAAAUUAGAUAUUGGACAAACAAUAUUAAUUAGUGGAAUUACAAGAAUUGAUGUUAAACAUAUUAAUAAUAAUGCUCGAACAAGUCUUUCUUUAAUGACAAUAUCUCGUUUACCAAUUAAUGUUCCUCAAAAUCGCAUCAAUGGUCGUCUGCAAGAUCCACCUCAGCUUUAUGGACCAACUAUUGAAAUCCUUGGAAUUGGAGAAGAAGAAGCAGCUAGAGAUAUUGUUUUAUCUUCAGCAGGUUGGGCUAGUGUUCAGUGUAGCCGUGAUCAAUAUGUUAUAUUUGAUGUAAUGACACCAGAUGGUCUUGGUAUUCAUCUUCAACAACCACCAUUACUGCAAUAUUUUUUUCAUUUACAUGGUUCACAUAUAGAACAAACACUAUUCUUUAAUAAACAUGUUUAUAUGGAAGAUCAACAAGAAACUGAUGAUGAUAAUCAAUAUAAAUCAGAUGAACUUGAAAUGAUUAUUAAUGAAAAUAUAUGGAGAAGAGAAAAAGUUAAACAUCAAAGACGAGCAAAACGCACAUAA